AUGUGCUUGUUGCAGUUGUUCAAAGCACUCGAGCAGCGAGGAGUUCAGUUGAAGUCAGACAAAGAUGAGAUUGAUACACUAAUGGAGACGGCCAUUUUGGCAUUGCGGACGUGUAUGGUCGAGCUGGAACGGGUUUUCACAUUGAGCGAUUGUUUCAAAUCCAAGUAUAUGCGUGAGUGCCUAUGCAAUUUUAACUUUUAAAGAUAUGGUUUUCAGAUGUAUUACGACGUACGGUUUGUCACGAAGCUCUUGUCGGAAACAACGGGGAAAGCGACGAUGAGCUGACAGAAAACCCGUUGAUUCCAGUUCUUGGAAUAUCCGAGGCAGCAAUCCAAGCACAACACGAUGCAAUGAAAGCCGCAUUAGCUGCGCUCCAAUCUGGAGCCUUCCCAUUCCCCCAGCAACUUGUCCAACAGCCACCGCCGACAGUCAUUCAACCAAUGCUGAAUUCCACUAUGCUCUCCAAUUCCCUCCAGGCCGCACUUUUAGAACGACCCUGGGAGUUACUCAGACAGGUGAGCUCAUUUUUGUAGUUUCAGCACGAAUUAUUCCAAUGUCAAUUUUCAGUUCAUGCUCCCACCAACGACUCCAGCAACGUUUGAAGGAGAUGACACUGCUCCGAAACCACCGUCCGAAAAAUCUCCAGAAAAAAGUGAAGAGGAGAAAUCACAAAAACUAUCGAAAUCUCCAGAAUCAAGCUGAAACUACCUCAAUUCCAGCCACUAUUAUACGAUGAUCUUUUGUUAUCUGAAUUAUGUUAUGGUUUCUAAUUAAUACACACCUGGACAUAAUUAUAAAGUCACUCUAUUUUUUGUUUUUCUCUAGAACUAAAAGUAAGACCGACAUGGGUCUUUCAAACAGUAAUCUUUGCCAGGAACCGCACAAAAUGAUUGAAAAAACCGGACAGUGCAGUUGAAAAAUUCCACCUCUUAUUGAGCACUUUUUAUGCUGGGACCAAAAUUUUAGGACCACUUCUUGAAUACGAAUUUUGAAAUGUCUCUCUUUUAAUCCACGUUUUUUUGCAACCGGUAAAUGAAGGUUGCAGUUUAACUCCCUACGAGUGAAAAAACACGAAGCUAGAGUAAAUCAGAUGAUUUCAACAAAAGGGAGAUGACAUGAGUGAUCUUAUUCCCCUUCCGUUCGAAUACAGUAACACAUCGCCCGAACCGCGCCCUUAGCCGCCAUUUGUAGUGAGGACCGGCGGCAGCAGCUUCAUCUCCAUCUUACACCACCUCCUCUUCUUUUCCAUCUUCAGCCGCUCUCUUCACACAUCUGGUUCUCGCCAUUGGUCUUUGUAUAUCGGCGGCGAAGCUUCGGACAAGGGAGGAAGAGGGGCUAUCCUUUUUUUCUUUUCUAUGUACAUACCCGUACAGUUCGUUGCAGCUUCUUCUUCUUCUUCUUCAUCUCCUUCUCUUCUUUCCUCCUUUUCGCCGCUUCUUCAUUCAUCUCGAAUCAGCUGUCGUGUCUCGUCGUUCGUCAAUUUAUUAUCUCUUCUGCUUUUUCUUUUUAUUCUUCUUCUCGUCUUUUUCUUCUCUUUUUGACCUAAACCUUUCAGCAGACAUGACUACAGUAGGCCUUUCUUCGAAACUCGCAUUAUUCAUCCUGUUACUCUUUGCAUGCCAACCAGGAACCUCACUAUUUGACGCAGAUAUUUCCAGCGCAACAGGUUUGAAACGAAAAAAAGGGAAAAUGUUCUAUCUGUGACUUCUAUUGUGAAAUUUAUGAUGUGAUUUCGGCAUGUUGUGACGAUUUGUCUACAGCUGAACAAAAAAGGAAAGUCUAGGCCAGCAAGCCAUCAGAAGGAUGUAUACUUCGCAAAUCCAGUUCCUCGGCAACGUUUCUGUGGCCGCCAUCUUGUUGAUAUUGCCUAAUCGAAACUGUUGACUGGUGGCAAUGCGUGAUCGGCUUAAAAAAUGAGGACAUCAUCUCAAUUGAAAACUUUUUGAACAAGGUUUUUUGGGCGCAUAGAUCAAAUUGGUUGAGCCCAGAAAGAAAUGGAAAUUAAGUUUCUUUCAACUUUUGCAUAUUCAGAACAAUUAACGAAAUGUUUUCUCUGGAUCUCAAAUUUAACAAGAUUUAAUCAAAAGUCUGAAAAACAGUUCAUUCUGAAUCCUUAUAAUCACACAAAUCACAAAAAAGAAAAAAAUAUCGAUCCUUUUCGGUCCGCUUCUAAACUUUUUUUCCAGAAGGCGAACUCGAACAAAUGCAGAAAUAUCUAUCCAAAAAACUUACACUAAUCGAGAACGCCAUCAAAAAUUCUCGUCGAAAACGAUCGGUCUCUCCAAUUUCUGCCUCACUGCCCAAUCGGUGAUUCGACAAUAUUCAUUCAAUACAUUCAAUUCUUAUUCCAUAUACAUCUUCAGAGAAUCGGCCGGGUUCUUGAGUAGAAUUGGAGCGAUAAAAAAGACGUUGGAGGAGGUGAAACCAGUUUCGAAUAAUAUCACACUAACGCCGACGAGUGAGAACUUGGAUGGGCCUACACCACAAGCUGAUAUUUCAUCACCACAGCCCAAAUUUGAAUCCGGAAAAUUUCAGCAUGUAGGAUUCGUUGACAUUUGUUAUAAGUUUUCAAAAUAUUGAUGUAGAUCAACGAUUCACUCCUCACGGAAUGCAAAACACUGUCUCAGCCAGAGCUCGUGGCGGAGCUCAAACAAAAAGGAACUUACAAUCCAGAACUCAUGGCAUGGGAUGCACUAGGAGUUAUCCGAUUUUUAGAUCGAACGAUUCAUGAGCAUUAUCAGGUGUUUUAUCUUGAUAUGCAGUCAUCAAAGAAUUGAAAACUCAGAAAUCAUCAGCAAAAAACAAAUCAAAGACAGAGGUGAUCGAACGGAAUGUGGAAGCUUUGGAAAAACUUAUGAGAGAGUUGAACGUGACUUGUGACUUAAGAUCUGAUGAGAUCAGGCACAAGUUCCACAAUAUUUCUUUGUACGUCUCACUUAUUUCCAUAAGAUUCUUUAAAAAAUCCAAAUUUUAGCGUUGACCCACGAAGAACAGUUUUCUCUCCGUCCUUAAGGCGAUCGAAGAGAAUGGACGGUAUUGAGGAAUUUUUGAAGGUUCUGAAUGUGACUCAACCAGUUGAUGAGCCGGUAUCCAGGCUUUACGAUCAACCACUUUCAGUUGAGAAUGAGAGGAUUACGUACCGGCAGAAAUUGAUAGGUAAGCAUUAGAAUGAAGACUGAAAUUAGCUGAAAGGAAUCCUAAUUUCAAGUGUGGCUGAUUUAGAAAGUUCUGGAUACAGUUUUUCGUACAUUGAUUGUGGCUCGCAUUGACACGAUAGGAAAACAUCCUUUAUUAAAAUCCAUGUUUUUACAGGUGAAUCACAUAUAGUGCCAUUCGGAUGUGAUAAGAGAGGAGCGGAAGAAGACGGAUAUCUGCGUUUAUGCGGAGCGUGCCAGGCUAUCCGCCGUCUACCCGACACUUUUUUCCCUCCAUUUAUCAACGAAGUGACAUGCGAUACUGAUAAGGCGUGUCUCUAUUUCUAUGACUAUCGUAAGGGUUUGCGAACAGCAAAUUUUAUAUCAAAAUGCAUAACUUCAGCGCAUGGAAAAUGCCGUCAAAAGCACAUGAACUUUGUAGUUUUACGGAACGUUGGCACAAAAGAAUGUCAAGUUUGGAAAAAGUUCAAUCUGAAUGUACGGGUCUCUUGUGAGUGUUUCGUUGGUGAGUUAUGCACUGGUCCUGCAAAGUUAUAUGUGAUUUUUACAGAUGAAAUGUCCUUUUUCGCAAAGUACGUGUGA